CGCGGCCCCCCCGCUGGUCCGUCCCGCCCCCGCCGUGCCUAUCCCGGGCCGGACCGCGCCCCGGCACUGCCCGCUCCGCUCCGCUCCGCUCCGGACCUGCCACGAGCACGCCCCCAGGAUGCCGUCCCAGAUGGAACACGCCAUGGAGACCCUCAUGUUCACCUUCCACAAGUACGCGGGGGACAAGGACCACCUGUCCAAGGAGGACCUGAGGGCCCUCAUGGAGAAGGAAUUCCCAGGAUUCCUGGAGAACCAGCGGGACCCCAUGGCCCUGGAGAAGAUCCUGAGGGACGUGGAACAGAGCCGGGAUGGCCGGGUGGGCUUCCAGGGUUUCUUCUCGCUGGUGGCCGGGCUUACCAUCGCCUGCAACGAUUACUUCGUGCUGCACAUGAAGCAGAAGGGCCGCAAGUGAGGGGGCAGCUGGGGGUGCUGAGCCCUCCCCUGGGGUGCUGAACCCUCCCCCAUGGGGUGCUGACACCCCCUCACACUCCUGGGUGCUGCCUCAACCCACCCCUCCCGGGUCCUGCCUUAACACUUCGAGGUCAAGGUGUUGCCCCCACCACCCCCCCGGGUGCUGCCCCCCAUCCUGGGGUGCUGAGCCCCCCCCAGGGGGGAUGCCCCCUCACCCAUGGGGUGCAGCCCUCACCCACCCCUGGGUGCUGCCUUGACCCCCCCAGAGUGCUCCCACCCCCAUCCUGGGGUGUUUCCCCCCACUUCUGGGUGCUGCCUUGACCCCCACCCCGAAUGCUGCCUGCCCAUCCAGGGGUGCCACCCCCACCCCUGGGUGCUGCCUUGACCCCCCUUGGGUGCUGACCCCCUCCACACCAUGGGUGCACCCCCACCCCCUAAGGGGUCCUGCCCUGACCCCCCUCCUCCCCCAGGGGUGCUACCUUGACCCCCCCACCUCAAGUUUCAACACCACCCCUUAAAUAGAGAUGUUUUGUAUUACACUGGAA